AUUUUGGUCGCGCACAACGGAACCUGCUGGUUUCGUUCGGUUGGCGAGAGUGGGCGAGCGAUCGCGGCCGCGAAAUCACGGGCGGGCGACGGCCGGACGAACUAUCGAGCGUCGGCUGCGCAAGCACCGCCAAACCUGGUUCGACGUUGGAGAGAUCUGGCAACAUGGUUUGAGCAAACGCGUAGCGUUCUCAACGCGUGCACGCGACCGACCGCUGUCGGCGAUCGCUGUCGGAGGCAGUGGCUCUUCGUCGGUCGUCGAGCGUGGUCAUUCACGGUGUGUUCGUGUCUCGUGUCGCUUGGAGAGGAUUCCAAGUCUGCCUCCAACACUCGACUCGACUCGACGCGACGCGACGCGACCCGACUCGACUCGACUCGACUCGGUCCGGCUCGGUUUGGUUCGUGAGCUACUCGAUCGUAGCUCGUGAUUAUCUCUUCUCGACUGGACGCGUCUACGCGACGACGAACGACCGUGGCGGCGACUCGGUGGAUCGCGAGCAGCAUGGCGAGCCCGGACUUGGUCGGCUACACGCACGACUUUCUCACCGAGUUCAUUCAACUGUACCGAAGUUUCCCCUGCUUGUGGCAGGUCAGGUACAAGGGGUACAAGGACAGGCUGCUCCGGAACCGCGCUUACGACGCCCUCGUGCAGAAGCUCCGAGAGGUGAAUCCGGUGGCGGACAAAGAGACCGUCAUUAGAAAGAUCAACACGCUUCGGACGGCGUUCAGGCGGGAGUACAAGAAGGUGCGGAGCUCCCAGAGAAUGAUCAAGAACCCGCGGAUGCGGUACAGAUCGUCCUUGUGGUACUACGACAUUCUGAAGUUCGUCGCCGAACAGAACGAGGGCUCGUCGCCGGAGGAUGAUCGGGACAUGGUUAAGAAUCCGACGGUCCCCGUGGACGGCUAUCACGAGCCGAUGUUUGUCCAGGCCGACGUGGACAAGAUCGAACCACCGUCCCCGGUGCCCUCGCGGGAAGCAAGCCCGGAGCCGACCUUCCAGCCGGUGAUCCUGGAGACCGAGGGAUCGUACGCGAGGAGGAUCUCGUCGUCCGUGUCCGGCGUGGACGUGUUCAAGAGGAAACUCCAGCAAGAGAACUUCCCGGAUCGUUCCGUGAAGGAGCCUACGCGCGAAAUGUCCCCGAGACCGUUCGCCGCAUGCGUCACCGACGACGAGUUCGACACGUUCGGCCGCUACGUCGCCAACAAAUUGAGGAAAUCUAUGCCCCGGCAAAGCAUCAUCGCCGAGAAGAUGAUCGCCGAUGUUCUCCUGAGAGCGAACCUCGGCACCCUGGACGAGACCACGUCCCUCACGGAGAAAGUGCCCUCCCGUUGCUUCCUGGUGAUGGGCGAUCGUUGAACGUUCCGUCGAAUCGUCGCCUACGACCAUUCUGUGUACACCAGGGGUGUCAAAUUCCCGGCCCGGGAUGAACAUUUUUCAUGUCAAGUAUC